AUGGGGGUAGAAGACUAUUCCGAAAAACAAUCACUCGCCUCGGAUGGUCCAACAAUACCAACACGAACUGCCAAACUCUUGACUCCAGGACUGGUGCUUGCGACAGUGAUUCUGCUGGCAGCUUCAUCUAUAAGCGGUGCCACGGUCGCCGCGGUAUGUUUUCGUUCCAUGGAUCAACAUUCGAUGAGUGUGGGAGCUGCCCAAGCUUCUAUUUUGGCGGCUGUAAGUUUCAAAUUCUCAAAGAAAUUUUACGAUCAAGAAGCUGAUAAGGUGUCUAGUCUUCGUGCUCGAUUUUAUACUUGUUGCCACAUCUCUCGCAAUGUUCCAGAAUGAGCCUGUGGGAGUUGUGAGACCACCUGUGGUGAGGGUCCACGGGUAUUGUUUUGUGAUUGCAAGGAUAGCUUUGGUGAUGUGGAUGAUUGCGAUUACAAUUUCGAGUGUUGCGUUGUCGAGAGAAAAGACUUGUACGGCCGAGUACGAAGAUUGCACGCCCUCGAUCAUUGCGGUGAUUGUUUCGAAUUGCGCAUUGUAAGUGUCAGCGUAUUUACCAAAGGAUAACAGAGGCUAACAAUCGUAGCUUAGCGAUAGGAAUACUCUUGACAGCACUCGAAGCUUGUCAGUAUCCUUUUCGAAUUCCUGAUAUAUUCCAUAUCUUCAAGCCUACUCAUCAAAGAGUGAUUUCCAUCGCAGGGAUUUCCGAAUAUGGAUCCUCUCGCGCCUGCUCGAUCGAAGUCUUGGACGAAGAGAAUAGAAGAGCUGUUGAUACAAAACCCGAUUUAAAAGGAAAUUCAAAGAGAGGUGGUUCAUUACCAACAGUUGAAGAAGUACCCGAGCGUCCGAUAUCACCCCUUUUACCAGUGGCGAAGAGAUCCUCGGCUACUCGCAGCUGGGGUAACGAUGGAUGGACCUAUACGGAGAUGGCAUCUGAGAAGAAAGGUCUCAAAAAGUCAGACUCCGCGAUAUCUGGACUAUCGCAUAUCUCGUCUGGGUAUGAUGUAUCGGAUCGUAGUUCUCACCGCAGCUCGCAUCGCAGUUCCAACCUGAGUUCGAAUCGCAGUUCGCAUGUCAGUUCCAACCGUAGUUCUCAGGGUUCAUUGCCUAGACAUCAGAAGAGGGCAAGAGUCGUUAGCCCAAGUUCUUCCAUCAACAAUCAUAACAAAAGAUCUCCACCUUCGACAAUGAGGUAUGUUAAGCGGUACAUAUGAGAACCCCUGAACCUCCGUUAACAGGCGAACAGAUCCGUGGAAUAUCCCGACGUCCUCGUCCGUCCAGACUUGAAAUACUGCCCACCAAACAUUCCUCCACCACAUGAGUGGAAUGCUUCCAGGACAGCUUCAAUGACUCAACUCCUCCCAAUAGCGGACAUCGACAAUCUUCGGAGGCGAUCAUCCAUAUCCGCAAAUCCAUGCAUGAUCCGACGACCAUCGCAAGCCCUCCCACCACUAACACACCAAAGAACGCGAAGAAACUCGCAGCCCAUCAGAAUGAAUACGCAACCUAUUCGAAGACGAACAAUCGACUGUAAAGUGCCAGGCGCAUAUCGAUUCAGUCUCGAACCCGAAAAAUAUCGCAUCAGCAUCGAACCCGAGAUUCAGCUAUCAGAACACGUCAGAACCAUCGAAGCGUGCAAAGUUCCUGGAGAGUACAAGCGGAGCAUCGAACAGGAGAGACAACUCUCAGAUCGCACCAAUAAAAUCGAGGUUCUAUCGAUAGAACGAAGCAAAAGCGAUAGCGGGACACUCGUCCCCAAAUCGCCGGAGAAAAUUCUUGGAAAAAGGAUAGCGAGCGACAUGUCCCAUUUUGGAGUCCUCUUUUCCAAGCCGUGAAUUCAAAAUCCAGGUACAGAGAACAGCAAAGAUCCGUGUCUGAAAAACAGGGUGGGAAGCCCGAGGAAAAACAGUCGCUGGUUGAGAGACCAUGUUUUGAGAAGCCGUGUUUUGAGUUAGCAGCUGAACCGUUGGCUUUGCAGUUUGAGAUUGAGAGGUUGCCGUCUCUGGAGCAGGUUCCUACCAUGGUUUCGAUUCCGGAGGUUUUGCCGCUCAGACGGUUGAGUUUGGGAGAUAUUUCUUAUGAGUUUGGGAAGGUUUUCGAGGAGUAA